AAAAGGUGCAGACGAGGGUCGGGGCCCUACGCAAACGAUGAAACAGGCGCAUCGAAGCAGCUAUCGAAGGAUGCGCAUCGACGAGGCCAAGACCGACGCCGACGUCGAGACGGUCUUUGCCGUCUCGGCGGCCGUCUUUGGCGGCGACGACGACGAGAAACAUGGCCUCGCCGAAUGGCGCCGCCGUCGCCAGGUGAUGCAUGGGCGCAUCUUCUACGUGCCAUCGGACGACGGCAGUGUGCUUGGCUUUGUCUUUGUGCAUGCCCAUGCAACGUCUGCAAAGACCAUGCACGUGUGGAUCGCUGCGACGCAUCCGUGCGCACGGCGCCAAGGCGUCAUGCGGCGCUUGUUUCAGCACUGCCGUAGCACCUUUGGCGGCGACCACGAGCGCCUCACUGUCAAUACGUUUCCCGCCCGCUUCCCGCACAUGCCGCCGUUCCUUGCUGCGCUCGGGUAUGCGCCGAUUGGCAUUCAAGGCGAAAAGCACUGCUACGCCCUCCAGCUCGAGCCUGCAGUGUAGAAGUAGCGUCACCCAACGAGCUCGUGAGGCUCUCGAUGCAGCCGAGACACGACCGACGCACGCAGUAUGUACCUAGGAUCCCCAGGACGUGUAGACGCGUGGCGACAUGACGGCAGCAACUUGAUCUUUUGCAAACAAGAUUGUGUGGCCCAAGUUGCCCUUGCAUCGGCCA